CUAUAAAGGGCGCCUCCCGGUGCUCACCGCCACUGCAGCUUUGUCCGCCGCCCUCCCGCCGUGCUCGCCGUCCCUCCCGCCCGACAGCGCCGCCGCCUGCCCCGCCAUGGGUCGACAGAAGGAGCUUGUGUCCCGCUGCGGGGAGAUGCUCCACAUCCGCUACCGGCUGCUUCGCCAGGCGCUGGCUGAGUGCCUGGGAACCCUCAUCCUCGUGAUGUUUGGCUGUGGCUCUGUGGCCCAGGUCGUGCUCAGCCGGGGCACCCAUGGUGGUUUCCUUACCAUUAACCUGGCCUUUGGCUUUGCUGUCACCCUGGGCAUCCUCAUUGCUGGCCAGGUCUCCGGGGCUCACCUGAACCCUGCUGUGACCUUUGCCAUGUGCUUCCUGGCACGUGAGCCAUGGAUCAAGCUGCCCAUCUACACUUUGGCCCAGACGCUGGGAGCCUUCCUGGGUGCUGGGAUCGUUUUCGGGCUGUAUUAUGAUGCAAUCUUGGCCUUCGCCAACAACGAGUUUGUAGUCUCGGGUCCCAAUGGCACAGCUGGCAUCUUUGCCACCUAUCCCUCUGGACACUUGGACAUGGUCAAUGGCUUCUUCGACCAGUUCAUCGGCACGGCUUCUCUCAUUGUGUGUGUGCUGGCCAUUGUGGACCCCUACAACAACCCUGUCCCCCGAGGCCUGGAGGCCUUCACCGUGGGCCUGGUGGUCUUGGUCAUUGGCACUUCCAUGGGCUUCAACUCCGGCUAUGCCGUCAACCCUGCCCGAGACUUCGGCCCCCGUCUCUUCACCGCCAUUGCAGGCUGGGGCUCGGAAGUCUUCACGACGGGCCGCCACUGGUGGUGGGUGCCGAUCAUCUCCCCACUCCUGGGCUCCAUCGCGGGAGUCUUUGUGUACCAGGUCAUGAUUGGCUGCCACCUGGAGCAGCCUCCACCCUCCACUGAGCAAGAGAAUGUGAAGCUGGCUCACGUGAAGCACAAGGAGCAAGUCUGAGUGGACGGGGGCCAUCCCCCUUGCCCUUCUUCCUGGAGUAUCCACUGACUGUGCAAGGGCUGCUCCCUAGAAGCCCCCUUCAGGAUCCCCCUCCCAGGCUAAGAAACUCCUUGUUUGCCCCCACCCUGCGGGACAGCCCCCUCCAGGAUUUUCCACCAGAUCCCAACAAAAUAGGACUUUAGACCACUGCCCUUAAACUGUGGUGGGUCAGGGAGUAGGGCCAACAUAAUACUUUGUCUCUCAAAGGGAAGGAAUGGACAGUGAAUGUGUGAGUGUGUGUGAAUGUGUGUAUGCGUGUUAUCCCAGAUAUUCAGGGCAAAGGACCAAGUGGAAAGGAUUCUAGCCAUGGGGGGAGCUGUGAUGUGUUUACCUAUGAAUGAGGAAAGUGCCUGGGGUCUGCUGGUUUCGGGGGCUCCAUAUGGAGCCAGAUAUAUGGAGGAGGGUCCAGAUAUAUGUGUGUGUCUGCCCUGUUUUCCAAGCAGGGGCUUAGGGGAGGCUUUGGGGGAGGUAGGGUGGGAUAUGGGUGGGGCUUGGAGGAGGGGGCCACAGCCUAAAUGUAGACCUCUGGCUGUAUAUAAGUAACAGCCAAAUAUGUUUCUGUCAUAAUAUAGGCAUGAGGGGAUAGGGCGAAGUCCAGGUCAUAAGUUUCAUGUUUGCUCUUUUUUUGUUGUUUUUUUUGUUUUUGUUUUUUAAAAAUAAUAGCGGACGUUAUAGUUUUAGGAGUGGGGAUUGGAGUCCCUACUCUAACUACAGUCUUCAUUUCUUUAAUCCUCCACUCCACACGUGUACUCUUUUGCUUUUUAUAUAUAUAUAAAAAAAAAAAACACAAUAAAAUGUAUGCCUAAA